GGGGGGAAUGAACGGGGCUGCGGGCAGGGAGCGCUCCGCAGCACAGCUGGCACCGGAGAACUCCUUUUUGUGCGGCUCUCCUUCAGUUUAACGCGGCUCCUUUCUUUCUUUAGCCGCCGUUAAUUAAAAAGCAGGACAAAACCCAUCCUCUGGGAGCCACUUCAGUACGUGUUUUUCAAUGCCACGCUGUUGCGUCCCCUCCCUGCGCACACCCUCAGUGCAGACUUUGAACAAGCGGCGCUUUGCUUGUUUUUCUGCCUUUUUUUUUCCUUAAUCACUGGCGAUCCCGGCCCCAAUUACACGUCCUGCACAGCCACAGAUACCGCUCCCCCCGCCCUGCGAGCGCGAGGGGGGGGUCGGGGCGUGGGUUGGCUUUGCAGCACUCUGCAAUUCGAUGUCCUGCGGCGGAGCCAGCACCCAAAAUUAGCCGUGCUGCGGGCGGCGCCCGGCCAGAAAAAGGGCUAUUUUGGGGUCCUGCCGUGUAGAAAAGGGGCAUUUUGGGCAGCGCCGGAGGGCUGAACCCUCGCCCCGCCCGGGCGCCGUUUGGGGCGAAUUGCCGCAUUUUUGGGUCCGAGCCUCCCUGUUGGUUUUUUUGCAAAGCAGUGCGAAACGGCGAAGCUUCUCGGAGACAAAAAAAAAAAAAAAAAGCGAAAUAGGUUCUUGUUGGUUUAUUGCUGAUUUUGCUGUAACUUUUUAGGAGCAAAGUCACGCUGCGACCGCGCUCCCUGUCUGCGGGUGCGCGUCCCCGACGUUUAUUUGGGGAGGGGAACGCGGCUCUCUGCGCCCCCGCCCGCCGGGAAAGGGGCGGGACUUCGUUCCAGCCUUCAGGCUUUGAAUAAUGUUAGGAAGCACGGCCGCUUUCAUUUUAUUUUGGAAGGACUCCUUUUCUUUUGCAGAAGGUGGAAGGACACUCUCCCAGGAAGCAGCUGCCCGUGAGGAGCCCAACACAGAGAGCCCUAAACGGGACCUUCAGCAAAGCGGUGCUCGGAGAGUGAUGGUCUUAAAAUGAAAAGGUGCUGUGAGGGUGUUGGGCUGCCAUGCCUGUUUAAGGGUGUUGGCAUGGCCAGCUCCCGGCCUCCCAAGUACCUCCUGGUCUUCGAUUUUGAUGAGACCAUCAUCAACGAGAACAGUGAUGACUCCAUCGUGCGGGCAGCACCAGGGCAGGCACUGCCUGAGCACAUCCGGCAGAGCUUCCGCGAGGGCUUCUACAAUGAGUACAUGCAGCGCGUCCUGGCCUACAUGGGGGACCAGGGCGUCAAGAUGGGGGACUUCAAGGCUGUCUAUGAGAACAUUCCCCUGUCUCCGGGCAUGCCUGACCUCUUCCAGUUCCUCUCCAAGAACCACGAGCUCUUCGAGAUCAUCCUCAUCUCCGACGCCAACAUGUUUGGCAUUGAGUGCAAACUGAGGGCGGCCGGUUUUUACUCCCUCUUCCGCAAAAUCUUCAGCAACCCGUCCAGCUUUGACAAGAGGGGUUACUUCACCUUGGGGCCCUACCACAGCCACAAGUGCCUUGACUGCCCAGCCAACAUGUGCAAGCGCAAAAUCCUAACGGAGUACCUGGCUGAGAGAGCGCAGGAAGAGGUGGAGUUCGAGAGGGUGUUUUACGUUGGGGAUGGUGCCAAUGACUUCUGCCCUUCGGUGACUUUGACUUCAGCUGACGUUGCUUUCCCUCGGAAGGGCUACCCCAUGCACCAGAUGACCCAGGAGAUGGAGAAGAAGCAGCCUGGAACCUUCCAGGCCACCGUUGUUCCCUGGGAGUCGGCUACCGAGGUUGCCCGCUAUCUGCAGGAGCUCCUCAAGAAGAAGUGCUGAGGAUGGAUGGCUCCAAAGAGGCUUGUUUACGAUAAGCAGCUGGGAAGGGAGAAGGCUGGGAGAUCACGUCCUGCAACCCAUGUUUAUUUGGCACUGCUCACUUGGACUUUGAUUCCUGGACUGCUUUCCUGCCUUCCUCUCCAAGCUCCUAUCUCCCCAGUGAUCGAAGCACUUUCUCUCCCCCCACAUCCCUUUCUCUUCCCUCUGCCACGUUGAGAUGAAGUCUUCUCUAUGCAGUUUAGAUGGCUUCUCUGCUGUUGGUGGUUGGCAACACUAAUGGUAUGGGGUUGGUUUUUUUUUUUUUCCCUUUUUGACUUCUCGAGAGCAUUUCUUUACCAUCCAGAAGCCAACUCUCCUGCAGGCUGAGCCCUGCAUGUGCUUCCUCUUGACUUCAUCCCUCUCAACCUCCUGCCCAUCUCCACUCUCCAUGCAGGAGCCGCAUGCUGUUGCCUUCAACCCAAUGCUCCAAGGGCUCCUUGCCUCUCCAGGAAGCCACAUGAAAUUUAGUCUGGGCAGUUUGUGCUGCCCAGGCUCCCCAGCUCGCCAUGCACCCCACUCCUUGCUCAGCAGAUGAGCCUCGCACAGGAGUUCAUUGUCCCUUCAGACUUUAUUUUCUGGGGAAAAAAAAAAAAUAAUGAAAAAUCAAGGAAACCUUUUAAAGGUUGGUACCUUGCAAAAAUAAAAAGCAGCCCCCCUUUAGCUCCCAUUGCCCUCACCCCAUUUUUUUUUGGGGGGGGGGGAGGGGGGGGGUUAAGCAGAAUGGCCACAUCCUGCUUGAGGAGAAAGACCUGACUUCACCUUCUUCUUCCUCCCCCAUCACUUCCCCUCCUUGGGCAGCAGCCCCCCAUUCAUCCCCAGUGUAGACAGUUCAUGUCAUAUUGACUGCCCUGCGACCUCCUGCCCUGGUCCAGAGGUGCUGAAAUUCCACCCCCCUCCCCCCCAGCUGAAAAGAGAGGUGCUUUAGCACUUCUUGUAUCAGCUCCCCAGAGGCCAAACCCUCUUACCCCACCACAGUAUUAACUGCCCAUUCUAAUUGCACUCUGUAGAGGGGACCUGCAGUAUUUUGCUCUCUGAUGUUGGCUUUUCCUGGAUUUAUCCACAGCCUUAAAUGACCCCUGGGAGUGGCUUGUAACUACUCCAAAGCAUAGGAACCCUGGCAACAAAUCAGAAUGGUAAGGAAAUAACCAAAGUAGCCCUGAGUUGAUCCUCCUUUAUUUCGUUUUUUCUCCCCUUUCUUCGUUCUUCCUCUUCUGGACACUGUUCAACUGUGUGGAACUUAAAGCCAUGGAAUUACAAAAAAAAAAAAUACAUAUAUAUGUAUAUAGAUAUCUAUAUAUUACAGAUACACAAGUUAUUUGUAUCCGAAACAUAAACCUGAGUGUGAAAUA